GAUUUUUAUAUUUAUAUAUAUAUAUUUUACAAGCAUGUGUUUACGACAAACAACUAGCGUGUUCACAUAAUGUAUUCAGGCACUUUCUGGGAACCCUACUCGAUCUUCGUCAAGCUGUUUAAGGACCACAGGAUGUCCAUGCUUGCUGAGCCCCGGAGGAAACAGAAGUGGUCUGUUGACCCCAGGAACAGCGCCUGGAGUAAAGAUGACUCCAAGUUUGGCCAGAAGAUGCUGGAGCGAAUGGGCUGGUCCAAAGGCAAGGGCCUGGGCAGAAGUGAGCAAGGCUCCACUGACCAUAUCAAAGUAAAAGUUAAAAACAACAACUAUGGUCUUGGAACCAGUGCCAGCUAUGAGGAUAACUGGAUCGCCCACCAGGAUGAUUUCAAUGAGCUUCUUGCUCAGCUGAACAACUGCCAUGGUCAAAACAACCAACAACCCAGCACUGAAGCUCCACCAGAGGAGCAGAAAGGAUUCAGCUUGGAGGAGAAGUCCAAGACAUCCAGAAAGAGGGUCCAUUACAUGAAGUUCACAAAAGGGAAGGAUCUGUCCUCCCGUACUGAAACAGACCUUAACUGUAUAUUUGGGAAGAGAGGAAGAUCUGCGAACGACCAAGAGCAGGAGAGCAACAGCAGUGAUUCCCAGGAGGAGCCACAGGAGGGUUUUACUCCUGCUACUUCUGAGCUGGAUACAGAGUCCAUCACCAAGACUGUGAAAAGUACUCUCAAUAUGCAGGAGUAUUUCGCACAGCGAAUGGCUCAGUUGAAGAAGGCUCGUGGACAGGCCCAUAGUACAGCACCCUCAGUGGAGGCAGAGGCCAGUGAGACAUCAAGUCCAUCCAAAGAACUCACUCCCAUCCGCAGCAGCAACCAUGACUCAGAAGAGCCUAAAAAGAAAAAGAAGAAGAACAAAAAGUCUGCAUAUAAGCUGGAAGUGGCAGAAGAGAACGAUACCGCUCCCAUUCUAAUAGAGGACGAUGAUGACCAACAGCUGGAGCGUCCGGGGAAAAAGACGAGAAAGAGGAAAGUGGUUGAAAACGAAGGAGCUACAAAUGAGAGCUGUAGCGCCACCUCCGGUGUAGACCAGAACUGCAAGGAGCUGCCUCUGUCCAAGAAGAAGGUUAAAAAACACAAUAAGGAAACUGAGCUACUAAACGGACAUGGGCCAACUGAGGACCAAAAUGUUGAAUCUGAGGUUGGUCAGAAAAAGAAGAAGAAACAGCGAAAGCAGGUGGACGAUGUAGUAAAAGAGGAGAAAGAGCAGCUGGUUGGGAAGAAAUCUAAGAAAGACAAAAAAAAGAAAAAGAAACAUCAAGAAUAGGGUGGAGUUAAUAUCAUUGGGCCUCUAAUCACAUCAGUCCUUUAGCCUUCAAGGGGACGUGGUACUCCCAUAAACAUGAUCAUGGGGGCCACACAUGAAUUGAGUAAUUGCCUUCAUGAGCAAAUCAAAUGUCUUAUGUAUAUAUAAGAUCUAAUAACCUGUUCAGAGGAGAAAAGGGAGGUUAGACAUUUGAUCACAUUAAAAGCCUUGACGCUACUGUUGGCCACUGGGAUGCAUUGAUGCAACAGAUGUUAACAUACCUCGAGUUAAAGGAAGUUUGACAUUUUGGGUAAUACUCCUAUUUUUAAUCAAACAUGACAUCACGUGUUAAUUAGUGAGCUUUAGAGGUGGUGCCCCCCACCCCCCCACGUGAGAGUGGUAUCAAUCUACUCAUCCAACUCUGAGUAAAGAAGAAAAUAUGCACAUGUUGAACUAUGCCUUUAAUCUAGUAGAUCAGUUUCUCUAUAUAUUACUCCACAAUCUGUAAAAUGUAUUAAUACAGACAUCAGAAGUUGACAUACUUUUUUAAAUGAGCUUUUGUGUCCAUCAAAUUUACAAAUAAUUAGAGCUGGCAUGUGUCUAAAUGUGAAUAAAAGUGGUCCAAAUUCCAAAAUACUACCAAACCAUUUAAGACAUAUGGGUUAUUUUCUGUUAUGCAAACAAUAUAUCUAUAUGUGUUUUACUACUUUUGUGUCUUACCAUCUAAUAUGCAUCAGCGUUACUAAUUAUUUAAGUAGAAUUUCAUAGUGGAUUUUAUUAUUUUGCCAGCAGUUAGUGUUGACCAUCUUUGUCCAAUUCUUUGGACAAUAGAUAUUUCCUUGUGAAAUUAAGCCCUUAAUUUUUUUCUUCUUUGUAAAAACAGAAGCAUUCAGAAAUUAAUAGUCUUUUUGAUGUUAUAUGACUUUACAAAUCUGAAUGGAAGCACUCUGGUGAUGUUUUGCUGGAAAACUUUUGUCUGACACAUUCAUGAGCUGUAAGAAAACAGGCAAAUGUUGGUGCUUUAACAGGAUCAGAUCACUUUUUGAAUAAAUCCAAAUAGCCAUG